GGGCAUCUUUGUGCCAGGCAACUCUUCUUCGCUGUCCCGACGUUGUCAACAAACAGACUACAACAGCCGAACCCCGUUACCGAAUUGGAAUACCCACAAGUAGGCGCCAUGAAUCUUCGUGCGCGUUCUGCGUCGCCGUGGACGCGGCCUUUAUGCCAUAGCAGAUUUUAUUCAUCUCAAGGUCAUGCGCGACCGUAUACGUUCCACAUUGGCGCGAGCUUCAUCGGGAAGCCUGACUGGGGGGAUGACCCAAGGGGAAUACCUCCCGCCAUGACGAUUCCGUUUCGAGACAAGAUGCUUUCCUGGAAGCGUGAAAUACCAUCCGUAUCCGCUGGACACGACUUUUUCUAUGUACAAGAGGGAUUGUCAAUUGGUGUAGCCGAUGGGGUUGGAGGAUGGGGCGAUAUAUUAGACCCAAGCCUAUUUUCUCAAGCUCUUAUGUACUACGCGGCGCGAUGUGCAAGCUCUGGCUGGCCCGGCGAACCUGAACGAGAUCCCACCUUAGAUGAGCAUCUGGACGAGGCUUUGGGCACUGAGACUCCCCCAGUGACAUGCAUGGAACGAGCGUACAAAUCCGUAAUGGAGGACGAUGGGUUAUUGGGCGAUGCACCAACUCUCUUUUGUUUGGUCGCCAGUUUAGGUGAUUCGGGCUUUUACAUUAUAAGAGGGCAAACGGUACUGUACAAAACGCCGGUUCAGACGCACUAUUUCAACUGCCCCCGGCAAUUGUCAAAACUCCCGAAAGGCUACCCGCUCCAUUCACGACUACAAGAUACCCCCCAAGAUGCGGUCCAGUAUGCCACCCGGCUGCACCACGGUGAUAUCAUCAUUGCAUACACCGAUGGGUUGUCGGACAACGUGUUUGAUGGCGAGACGUUAGGGUAUACGCUGAGCAUUAUGCGGCGACCCAAUACCGAUACCGAAAAGGCGCAAUACUUAGCUGACUUCCUCGUGCUCCACGCUCGACGGUGCAUGUAUGACUUCGGUCGUGUUUCGCCAUUCGAGAUUGAGUGGGCUGAACAUCGCAAGGAGAAGAGAGUGAAUAGAGGCGGGAAGAUUGAUGAGUGUGUCAUUAAUUGGUUGAAGGUUUCAUAGAAGGAGCAGAUCUCAGCAUGCAUGCAUAGACCCGUUUGGUUGUCCGAGGAUACUCGUACACUUUCAGUAUACCACUUCACAAA